GUGAAUCAUGCAACAAUUAUUACAUUACUGGAAAGUAUCUUAUUGUCUGUAACAUAAAUAGAUAUCAUUUUUAAUCAUCGGAGAUUACGCUAUUAAUGUUGAUUCGGGGAUCUAAAGUACAGGCCAGUACAGACUGUGAGCAGCUAGGUUCGAAGGUCAUGGGUCACGAGACAAGAUGGAGGUGUGGGAAGAAACUUUGCAGUUUGUUCUGCAAAAACUUCAGGAUUCUGUGGAUAUACAACACGUCAGAGAAGCCAAACUAUGUACCAAGACAGGAACGAUUGCCCUUCUGAAUGAAGAUUCUACAAUAACCCUCCUAAAGCUCGGAGGAAGUGAACAGAACAGAGCCUAUCUCAGGAACAUCAGAAGUUUCAAAUGGGAGGAGAAAGAGGCUUCCUCAAGUGUGGGUCCCUACAGCACAGCUGAUUCGGCUAUAGCAGUGGUGACAACAAAUGGCAACCUGCAGCUACACAGUGUAGAAUGUGGCAGUCCUACAGAACUGACAACAAGAUGUCUAGGCUCCUGCUGCAUACAGGAUAUAGCAGGCCCAGGUCCUGUGGAUAUUUUGGAGGUGGGAGCAGAUGUGGUGACUGUGUUAGUUGACGGCAAACUACUGAGUAAAUUCGCUGUUUCUGAAGAAGAAGAAGAAUCACUUUCUGUCAUCAACCAAAUAAAGCUGCAGGAUGAAACCAGACAUGUCAGACAGGCGAAGGUUGUGUCUGGGCUCCUGUUUUGUCUGCAGGGGGAUGGAGUUGUUGACAUCUUCCAUGUAACAUCUGGUAGAAAGAUGGGCAGGAUUGUCAUAAAUGAGUACCUGAAUGCCAGAAAUGAGCCUCUUGCUUCUGAAGAGCAUCAACACUUGUCAUGUUUUGAUAUUUCCAACAACCUGACAUCACUUGUAGUUGGCAACACCAUCAGGAUCCAUCAUGUGAAUCUGAAUGAGUACUUCACCCUUUUCCCCCACCACCUCUGUGCUGUAGUAGAGGAGCAAAAUCCAGUGAGAAGGUUUGAAGGCUUAAGUGAGGAAGACUUGGGCUCAUUUCAGUUCCUGCCAAGAGAAGUUGCUGACAGAAGCUGGAAAAGUCAUUUGCGGCAGGUCAGAAUGAAAGUUAUGCAAAGAAGUUUCUUCCAACGGCCUGGAAGAAAGACAGGUGUGAGUCACCCAGCCCCAUCAUACUUUGCAGCAGAAAAGGAAGCCAAGUACUGGUUUGAAGAUGUGCCUGAGAUAAUUGCCACUGUUAAGAAGAGAGGAAAUGACCUUGGCAUGCACCUCAGUUACAUGAGGAGGCCUCUCUCAACCUCAGGAUUCUCUGCUUCAAGAACAGUAAGGAGACCCAGAGCCAGAGAAGUGUCCCAAGGUCCAGCUCCACUCAGCAACACCUCCUUUCAUCUUCCACGGGAAUUGCAAGGUUGUGAACUGAUGCUGCUUAGUGUGGCAGAUGCCACAGCUAUUGCAUGGUUUAGUGCACCUCAAGGCAGUGAGAUGGGCAGAAACCAUGGGCUUGUCUGUCAGUACAACCUAUCAACAGGAACGUGUAAAAGUCACAGGUUGAAGGAGCCAUCUCUGCUUGUCCAGAGUGAUGACAACCUGCACCCACACCUCCUCCUGACAGACAUCACACUAUCAGCUGUAGCCUGGGACGCUGCACAGGAGGAACUGGUCAACCAGCUGAUGCUAUAUGCAGGUGCUUCUGUGGCCGAGUCUCUCUGCCAUAUUAACCACUGGGACCCCUGUUCCAUCCCCAUCCACACACUGGAGGUGGGGCUGAGGCAUCGCCAACUGGACACUGUCGCCUUCUUUCUCAAGAGUAGGGAGAAUGUGUUCCGACCAAAAUCAAAAAGCCCAGCCCAAAGCCCCUUAUCCCCAACCCCACCCAGUCCUCCCCCGGCCCCCAGUCUGGACACCCUUCAGCUUAGGGCAGCAAUAGACCUCCUGGUCUCUGCCAUCCACGAGAACAUUAAGGAACCACAGUCCAAACAGUUUGCUAAACAACUCCUGCACCUGACACUGGACCACCUGCACCUGCUCAUCAGGACAGCAACUGAGUUAGCAUCAGAUACAUCCCACGAUCCUUUUGGGUCCUCCGAGGACUCGCCUAUCCCCGUGGUGUCACCAGGUGUCAUGGUAGACCGGCCACAACUGGAGCAGUCUGUACAGACAUUGAUGGGCUAUGUUGUGGAGCUACGGAAGUUCCUGAAAAGACCUGCCGACCAGAAACAAUCUGACAGUGUGGAAAGUUCUGCCCAAUCAGCACUGUCUGAUGAAGAAGCCUAUAAACUGCAACUCUUAGAUGAAGAUGACAAGUGCUUGAAGAGGUGGGAGACAAUGAACAAAGAGGCCAUGAUUUGUGAUGCCAUCCUGACGU